CCACAAGCUUCUCAACACCAAGUCGCCGACCAUCGACCUGCAUGCGGCUGACAAGGUCAAGCGGUGGCCCACGUGCGUGCCACUCGACGACAUCCCAUCUCUACUUGAGGUUGAGGAAGCGGUACGGGAAAUGGCCAACAGAAAGGCCGUCGGGCCGGACGACCUACCGGCUGAGCUGAUCAAGCUUUUCCUGGACGGAGAUCAAGGUCUCCUCCGCGAAUUCCACGCCAUUGUCGUGGACGUGUGGCAGACUGGGGACGUACCACAGCAGUGGAAGGAUGCCACCAUCAAAGUGCUGUUCAAGAAGGGGGACACGAUGGAGUGCGGCAACUACCGGGGCAUCUCUCUCGUCGCACACGCCGGCAAGCACAGCGGUUUCCGCCCACACCGGUCGACGUUCGACAUGCUGUUCGCCAUCCAGCGGCUCCAUGAGCUCGCGAGGAAGAAGAGUACUGCGGUGUUCGCGUGCUUCGUCGACCUCACCAAGGCAUACGAUUCGGUGGACCGAGACCUACUGUGGGACGUGCUCCGACGCUUCGGCGUGUCCCCGAAGAUGCUGGCGUACUCGGAAUGGUUCGACGUGGGCCAAGGCCUCCGACAGGGAUGCAACCUGGCCCCGCUGCUGUUCAACUUGUUCUUUGCCGCGAUGCUCAUGGUCGCCGUGGCCGAGUUCGACAAGGACCCCAAGGUGACGGCGGACAUGGUCAAGAUCGGGACACAAGUGGAUGGUGGAGACUC